AUGGAUGUGGAGGAUGACCAGCCGCUGUUUCAGACCAGCUGGGGAGGGGAGGAGGAGGAGGAGGAGGAGGAGGAUGAGGGAGAGGCGGAGGAUGGAGACGCACAGGCAGCAGGACGGAGGUGUUUCUCUGGGGAUGCUGAGGUGUGUGGAGUGUGGAGGAUGGUGGGAUGGGUUUACACACAACCAUGGUCCAGUGGAGUGGUUUUAGGGGUCGUUGUCCUGCUGCCAUGUGCCCUGUUUGCCUACAUGCUCCUCUACUGCCCUCGUCUGGACAUAGACCUCUCCUACAGUGCCUUCGAGGUCCACAGUCACUUCUCGUCCGAGCGCUUUGACGCCCUCGCCAUCGCUGUGAAGACUCAGUUGGGGUCCUGGGACAGACGUAGGCGAGAUUUAGAUAGCGGUGAGUCUGAGGCUCUGCGAGAGCUUCUACUGCAGAAGCUGGGCAGGCAGGCAGUAUUCAACAGGACAGAUAACGAGGGCCUGAGGUCCUCUAGUACUCAAAAUGACCCUUCACAGGCAGGAAAUCACCAGAAGAGAGGAGAAGCAGUGAGCCGAGCUGAUAGGGAGGUGCCUGAUUUGGUUCAGGAGGGAAAGAGGAGGCACAAGAGCUCGAAUGACACAACAGAGGAGGAUGAGGAGAGGUCACAGGACAGAAAAUCCACAGGGCCGCUCAUUAGGAAGCGCAGGUUUGCUCCCAACUACUACUUGCAGAGUCAGGCCCUUUCGAGGAUCGAGCUGGUGUUUGUAGCUCAAGGUGAGGGUGACCGCAAUAUCUUCACCCCAGAACGUCUGCACACCAUUCACCAAGUGGAGCGUCUGCUCAUGCAGCACCCUCAGUUCCAUCAGUUCUGCUGGAAGCCUAUGGAGGUGCUGAGGGAUCUGCCUCUGGGGCCCUCCUACUGCUCCCCACCCAGCUCCCUCCUGUCUUACUUCUACCCCAGUGAGCGAGGAGGGAAGAUAUAUUACGAUGGCAUGGGCCCAGACCUGGCUGAUAUUCAAGGUUCUCUGAGUCUGGCCAUCACCCACCCACAGUUCUACUGGUACGUGGAUGAUAGUCUGUCCCCUGAGCACCUCUCCUCCGCCCUCUUACGCAGCGAGAUCCACUUCGGAGCUCCUCUGCCAUCCUACUUCUCCCUGCAGGACCGAGCAGACGAGCAGAGGGCACGCUUUAAAAACUUUGUGGUUGAGUACGCAGACAUCCUGGCCAAGCAAUCCACCAGCCAGGUGAAGGUGCUGUAUGGAGGCACAGAGCUGUUCGAUAAUGAGGUGAGACACACCUUCUACAACGACAUGAUGCUGGCUGUCAUCAGUGGAGCCUGCAUCACUGUGCUCGUCUUCGUCCUCACCUCCUUUUCCGUCUUUCUGACUUUCUUCGGGCUGGCCAGCAUUGGACUGAGCUGCCUGAUGGCUCUUUUCUUAUACCAUGUCGUCUUCGGUGUGAGGUACCUGGGCAUUCUCAAUGGAGUGGCAGCUUUUGUUAUUAUUGGGAUUGGGGUGGAUGAUGUAUUUGUGUUCAUCAGCACCUUCAGACAAGCGUCUCAUCUGAGUAACCCGCAGCAGCGAAUGAUCUACACGAUUAAAACAGCUGGCCGAGCCACGUUCCUCACCUCCUUCACCACCGCUGCUGCAUACGCUGCUAACACCUUCUCCCAGAUCCCAGCCGUGCAUGACUUCGGUCUAUUUAUGGCCCUCAUUGUGAGCUGCUGCUGGCUUUGGGUGUCCACCCUCAUGCCGGCCGCACUGUGCAUCUGGAGUCAGUGUGUGGAGCCCCACGAACACGCCUGGUUGAGCUGCUGGAAGUUGUUUUCAUGCCUGUCAGCGAGCCAGAGCCCUUUGUCGGAUGAGGAUGAUGAUGUGGCACUUCUGUCGGUGGAGCUGGAGCCAGGCUCCUGUGACACAGAUGGCGAUGCAGCCAUUCUGUCCCUGUCAGUGGAGACACCUCUGUCCCCUCCAGGACAGCAGCAUGUGGGUGUGGUGAGCAUGAACCUCCAGUGGGCCCUGAAGCAUUUAGUGGCAGAGCCAGCUGUGGAGCGACGAAAGGCUGUUCUAGGUGUCUUCCUCCUGAUUCUGCUGUUAUCUGCCGGGUGCUGCUGUCUCCUGAGGCCGGCCACUCACGCUCCUCUGCUUUUUCGCCCGGACACAAACCUCCAGACUCUGCUGGCUCUGAGGAGCAACCUCAGCGGCCAAGGCAUCUCCUGCCCCCGGUGCUCAGGUGUGUUCAUGGAGAAGCCCCACUCUUUGCACAGCCACAAUUCUUUAUCAGCAUUUAAGUUUUCUACGCAUCAGCAAACUCCGAGCUCGACAACCUCCAAUGCUCCUCGGACCUCGGUGAAACCCAGUUCAGGCACCAACCAAACAGGCCCUUUCCUGACAGUGUAUAUAUCAAAGCUGGACCUUGGAACCUCUGCAACCAUUUAUCGUUUCUCCCUUAACACCAGCACUCCCUCCCCAUGGAAGCCAUGCAGCACAGAGCAUGACCAGGUGUCAUCAUUUCAGGGUUAUAGUCAGCCCCACAGCAAUUACACCAGCAGAAUGACAGUGUGUGUUUCCCAUGUGUACCACCCGCACCCCAGCUGGAUGAUCACAUCUGGCUCAUGUGAGCUCAGGCAUGGCUGGACGCCAGAGUUUUCGUUUUAUGUAGCUGCGUCUCUGCAGCAGCAGCACAGCAGGAGGCUGUACUUUGCACAGCAGCGCCUGAGACCUCAUCCCAGCCGAGUGUGUGUCGACCCUCCUGGCUGCGGCCUCGGCUCCGGGCCUGAUGGACCCACACAGGGAGUCUUUUAUACUCCUCUUUCCAGCGGUCCCUCGUCUGCUGCCAAAGCGAAACCAUCCAAGACGUUUGGCUUUAACCCGUGCAGCGGUGGUGUGUGUGGCCGCCCGGCGGUGCGUCCUCUGGUCGACACCGGGGCCAUGGUCUUUGUCGUGUUCGGGAUCCUGGGAGUCAACCGAACUGAGCGCAAGGACAACCAUGUUAUUGGGGAUAUGGGCAGCAUCAUAUUGGAUCCAGACUUUGAUAUUUUCCAGGAGAUGGGGCAUCUCUGCAAAAUCUGUAAAGCUGUCAGCGCAAACACACAACUGGUGAAGCCAGGAGGAGCACAGUGUCUGCCUUCAGGCAACAAGCUGUCUUCUAUUCUGCCUCUGCUCCACCCUGACUGUCACUCUCUCCCUGAACCCAACCUGCUCCCGGGGCAGCUCUCCCACGGAGCGGUGGGAAUGCAUGGAGGCAAGGUCCGCUGGCUGUCCAUGGCCUUCGAGUCCACCACAUACAAGGGGAAAUCCUCCUUUCAGACCUACUCCGACUUCCUUCAGUGGGAGAACUUCAUCCAGGAGCAACUCGCCAGCCUCCCGCAGUCAUCUGCUCUUCAGCGAGGGUUCCAGACCUGUGAGCACUGGAAGCAGAUCUUCAUGGAAAUCCUAGGGGUGGAGAGCGCCCUCUGGAGUCUGCUUCUGUCUCUGGCCAUUUGUGUGGCAGCUGUGUCUGUGUUUACUGCUCAUCCUCUGUUGCUGCUGCCUGUUCUCAUAACCAUUCUAGGAGUGAUUUCUCUGGUGGUGGCCAUCAUGUACUGGCUGGGCUGGGAGAUGGGAGCAGUGGAGGCCAUCUCUCUGUCUAUCCUCGUGGGAUCUUCAGUGGAUUACUGUCUGCACCUGGUGGAGGGAUACUUGCUGGCUGGGGAGACCAUGGCCUCUACGCUCGGUCGUAACUCGCAGCUGCCGACUGAGAGGCAGGGGCGGACCCUGGAGGCAGUGAACCAUGUGGGCGUUGCCAUAGUGUCCAGCGCCGUCACCACGGUGAUCUCCACAGUCCCCCUCUUCUUCUGUGUCAUUGUGCCUUUCGCCAAGUUCGGGCAGAUAGUGGCCAUCAACACCGCCGUCUCGAUUCUGUUCACCCUGACCGUGACUGUGGCCAUGUUGGCGAGCAUGGCCCCCGCCCGCUUCAGCAGGCCCCCCGGCGCCGUGCUGAAGGCCUCCCUGGCUGUGAUGGCGGCUGGGGCCGUGGUAGCUGUUCUGUGCUGGGUUGGAGGACAGCUGGGUGCGUUGCCCUGGCGAUCAACCGGCACAUAA